AGCAUAAUGGCGGAAACUCCUGAAGAUAAGAUUGUUAUGGUUCUACUCAUUCUUCUUUUCCCGCCAUUAGCGGUAUGGUACAAGGAAAAGACGUGUGGAGUUGGUGUCUGUAUCAACGUGGUUCUCUACAUUCUGCUCAUUUUCCCAGCAUAUAUUCAUGCAGUUUACGUCUGCUACAUCAGAGAUCGCCAAUAAUUUUUAAUUUUUUGCAACAAUUUUUAAAUAUUCAUGCCCUUCUGAAACUUGCUCACAAUUCAUAAAACAUUUCAAAUUCUUUU